CAACCGGCUCUUCGAAAAGGCGCCGUCUUCUCCCCCAGGGGAAAGCCACCUGAGUAUAAUAAUUUCUAAAUGUGAAUGAUAGGAAAGCGGUGGCGAAGGGAGAAAAUAAUCCCCGUGCCGAACCCGGGCAAGGAUCGCCGGGAGGAAGAAAGUACAGCCGUUGUUGACCCCCCGCCCCCGCUCACUCUGAAUUCGUUGGGAGCGCGAGCGCCGGCGCCGUGGCGUCAACAGUCAAUCAAUGGACGGGCGUGCUGUGACGUCACCUGCCAUUCAUGGGAGGGGCGUGGCCCGGGCUCUGAACGCUACGUAAAUAUUUGUAUUCGUGUUGGGACCCGCUGGUGUCUCGGAGCACGUUAGUGUAAGAGCUUGGCGAGCAAAAACAAACAACCACCGACAUAAUUAACAGGAGGGCAAACACACAGCGGCUCGGGCGAGGAAAAGUUACCGGCUCGCCCCCCCUCCCCGACCGUCUCCGCAGUCGGUUAGCAAUAUUUACAAGAGUGCGUGAGGCGGGGGAAGAGCAGAAGGGACUUCGUCUCCCUGUCGCUGGCUCCCACCAUGUCCGUUAAUAUGGACGAGCUGAAACACCAAGUGAUGAUAAAUCAGUUCGUGCUGACCGCAGGGUGUGCGGCGGAUCAGGCGAAGCAGCUCCUGCAGGCAGCGCACUGGCAGUUCGAGACGGCCCUGAGCGCCUUCUUCCAAGAAGCCAACGUGCCCUACAAUCAUCAUCAUCAGAUGAUGUGCACUCCAGCUAAUACACCUGCAACACCUCCUAAUUUUCCAGAUGCACUUACAAUGUUUUCAAGGCUGAAAGCUUCAGAAAGCUUCAACAGUAGCAGUCCGAUUGCCUCAAUGGCAACAUCUCCUCCUCCUGUAAACUUCAACUCAGGCUGGCCAAUGUCUCCUCCAAAUCAGCAGGGCAUGUGGACUCCAGCAUCACCCACUCCACAUACUGGCUGGCCAGCAGCAGUGUCCCAACAAACCACCUCAGAACAGAAGGUUAAUGUUGCCAUGGAGGCUGAGAGAUGAGGCCUAGUUAUGGCUUUGUAGGUGAAGCAGGAAAAGUCUUGCAUGGGUCAAUAUAAAAUAGUUUCUGUUGUAUUGUGCUGCAGCUAAUCUGAACUGAAGGAAUACAAUAGGGAAGAUUCAACUUCGUAGCAGAAGAAUUAUGGGUCCAGCAAUUUUCAAACAAAGCCUUGUUUCUGGAGUUUGCAUGUGUGUGACACAAUUAAAAGACUUGCAAGUCCAUCAGCCUGACUUCAAAAAUGGAAUUGUUAACCUUGAGUAACUUGUUUAUGAUCGUUGACCCUUCAAAAGGAACCUAUCAGUGAUUAGCUGCUAUAUUAGAGACAACCAUGAAGAUCACUAAUGGUUUUUAAAGAAUACUCCGUUACUUUUUUGCAGUAAAAUUGUGGCAGUUGUCAAUUGAAUUACAGGGUGGGAGUAUGUGGAAUUGCAGCAACGGACAAUUAAAACAAAUAAUAAACUUUAAUACAGGGAUUGCAAAUUAGGUUUUCAAAUCAUUGUUUAUCUUUGUAUUUGGUUUGUGAAUGAGGUUUUCUGAGGGAAGGGGAAACUAGAAAAGCAGUCCUAGUGUACUGACUGCAGGCAGACUACUACAGUAAGGUUUUAAUGUUUUAUAUAAAAAAGUGCCAUUGCAUGAUACUGUACAUUAAAAUGUAAACAUUGGGGGGAGAAGAAAGUUUAAAAAAAACAAAAAAAAAUGUGUUUUGCUACUCUUAACAACUGUGUGAUAGAAUUUAAAUUCACCUUAGCAACAGUUGCAAUGAGUACAGGUUUGUCCUUUUUGUCAAACUUGGACUAUAUAAUUUUUUUUUGUACUACGUUAUGCGCAGGCAGGGAGUACCAAUUAUUUUUAGAACUGUUUUAUCUAUCUUGUCACUUCCUCUUUCAUUGCUUCCCUAUUCUGUCUAUGUCCCCGGUUCAAGAAUGUUUAUGGUCAAAGAAACCCAAGUUGACAAAACAAAUCUUUGCACAAAUUGUUUCCUUUACUUUUAAUGGAGAUUUCUUGCUUCUUGAGGAUUGCUUGUUCCGAAUAGAUCGAUAUGUAUUUUUUUUAAUGAUACUGUUCCACAAUAUUUGUGGAGUACCUGAUGAAUAAUUAACUUAUCUUUGUGUUGGUAAAUAAAUAUUGUAUGUACUAAUGGUACUCCUCCUGUACUGAUCUUAUAUUUAACCUUAGCAGAUGGUAAGUAUGCCAUCAGUUUUAAAUAAAAAUUGAAGCACAAUAAAUAUGAAUUGAAACUAUAUAUUUGAAGAUUCAGUAAUUUGAUUAUAUCCUAUUUAAGAACCAUGCACAAGUUUUGAUGUGGACUUCUUUCUUUCCUGAAUAAAUUGAGUAUAUAACUAGAGAACAGACAGAGUGAUUACAUGCUUUACAGCACAGAAACAGACUGUUUUGAACACUAUCUAUGUCGACAGUAUGAAAUUGAGCAUUAUUGGCAAGACAGAUAUACUCAUGAUUUAUCAAGAUGGCAUUACAGCACAGAGUAUAGAUGCGCAGUUCAUUUGUGUCAUAGAUUGGGAACUUUAAAGGUAUUUUUGGAAAUUUGAAACAAUGUUUGAAAUAAUUACUGUAUGUGUGCACUGCAAAUGUUUAAGCUAAUCUCUGGUGUACAGUCAUCCAGUCACACAAUGAUUGGAAUGUUGGUCUGAAUUUGGCUUGUGAACAUACUGUGAAAUUAUUAGAAAACAGGAAAUGCUGAAUUUUUCUCAUAACCUUUUUACAAAAGAAAUCAAUUGGUGUGUAGUGAAUUAUUUGUUGCUAAAUCAGGUAGCUUGGAAUGGCAUUAUUUAUGCAUAUCCCCAUGUAGAAUUUUUAUUUUGUUUGAAGUGUUACAGUUUCAACAAUCAUCUCCCUUCUGUUCUCCAUUUGAGUUUUCCAGUGCAGACAUGUUGAGUUUUUUCCACCUGCAAAGGUCUUUUGAGAGUAUCUUGUUUUUACAUAUUGGGAAUCUUUAAUUACUUUAAUUCACUGGAGUUCAGUUUUUUUUUCCUUGGGCUCAAUGACAGCAUUUCAUAUUCUGACCUAUUUAUGUAUAUAUUUUUCUUUACGGCAGCAUUUAAUAUAUGUUGAUAUUUUGCUGAUAAACCCCAUUGGGCCUGAAUUCUAUUGCAUCCAACUUAGAGCAUUAGAUUUCUGUUGCAGAUUUUGCCUCAGCUGUUUUAGCUGUGGACUUUCCUGCUGGAAAAUGAGUCAACUUGAGGCAAUGAUGUUGGCAGAUAUGAGGGUUCUUAUGGAGGGAGGGGAGGAGCUCCACCUCAAAAAUUAGGACCAGGGUCAGAUGAACGAAGGAAAGCAAAUAAAUGGCAAUGGUAUUGAUAAGAAGAAUGGGAGUGAGGGAUGGGUUUGAGGAAGGUUGGGAAUAAUCAGUGAUUUCGGUAAAGAUCGUGUGUAGACCAGCUCAGGCGCCCUGAUGGAUUGAAGAAGAGCAGCUCUAGCUUCUAUGUUGAGGGCUGAGCCACUUAUGGCCUAUGGGGUCAGGAGUGACAUUGAGACAUGGGGUUUGUGAAGAAAGACUGUUCUAACCAUGAUCCCAAUCCAGCACUUUCACUAACUUUUCACUAAAUUGUCCAAUGAUUAUGCAACAUAUAAUGCUACAUUUUAUUCCCUCAGCAUUUUCCAAAUUAAAAUUGCCUUUUUCUGGUGUAAGGUGUGACACUGUCAAUUCAGGUCAUUCUAGAAAUAUAGCCAUUUUGCGGUAUGGUGGUAUAAUGAAUCAGCAACCAAAUUUAAGGAGCUUUUGAUCCAGAGACACAAAUGCUUCAAAUCUUACCCUUGCAUUUGUGGGAUUUCAGAUAAAGUAAUUCAUUUAAACGCAGUCUCAAUGAUGGGUACCAAAGAAUAUGGCUUAUUGCAAAACGGAUUCUCUUCACUAAUAUCCCUCAGAGGAGGGAAUCCACCAUUCUAAUAUCAUUCAGUGAAGAAAUCUGACAUCUUUGGAUAGGUCUAGUCUUUGUAUUUCACUCAUAAACUUAGUUGGCUCUUAAGAAGGUACUCAGUUCAGCAGUGGGUCAUUAAUGGCAGGCAACAUUGUCAGUAACUUACACCCUUGGCAUAAACAAUAUAGCUUACAGACAAUGUGAAGUAUUGAAAAGGAAAUUGGACAAAAUGAAACAGUGUAUUGGUAACCAUAUCAUUUUGUGACCCGUGACUGACUUACAAGAGUGAAUGAUUUUGGGAAAUGUCUAUUUAUUGAAUUGUCAUUAUCAUGCCUUAUGUCAGUUUAUAGUUCUGUAAUGCUGAGAAAUGCAGAGUUACGUGAUUAAAGAAAGUGAGUUUAAAAAUUAAUUGAAAAUCUUGUUUCUUCUGGGUUAAAAACAUCCUUGUCACAAGUUUGAACAGGAUUCUCCAGCAGCAUGUCAAUGUUUGCAGUGGUUUCUCCACUGCAGAUUCAGGUCAUUUCCUAUUUUCAUAUUCUGAUUUAAUUGACACAAGUCUUUGCUGUAACUGAACUGAAACUCUGUUACUUUUAAGAUGUUUCAUCUUUUUUAUAAAAUUCUCUUAAGCUCUAUCUAGUAUCUAUUAUGACCAUUCUGAAAAUGGGCCGGAGAAUUGGCAAAAGAGCUGGUGGCAUUGACUUCAUUGUUGUUUUUUUGCACAGACAUUCCUACCCAGUCCAUUUUAUGAAAUCUGACAUUUCAUUCUGACUUUUUUUGAGCUUUUGACAAACAGCAGGCACUUCGUCAUAGAUAUGUAUUUGAUGUCUGGCAUGGACAUAAGCC